AUGGAUGCCCAGACUGUCCCCGUUCCGCCGUCACUGAUCUUGCAACAAUCGAGCAACGAAGAACCAGCUUCCACCCCGAGCGAGAAUGCUCUCAAGAAAAGAGGUAGACCGUUCAAAAGCGUUGUUACAGCUGCCCCUACUUCUGAAACAAUCCAUGAGACAGAAAAUUCUAAAGCUCAGGAUGGAGGAGAAUAUGUUCCUAUGAGUGCAGAUUCGACAGUUGCGCCAGCCGAUGGCACGAGGCGCAGCGGAAGAUCGAGAAAAGCUACACUUUCGUAUCAAGAGCAACUUGAGUCAGAUGGAGAGCAGCCCGUCGUUAAGCGUCAGAAGAAGAGAAAUGUCACGUAUGAUGACGAUGAUCAUCAGGAGCCUAGUAAUCGUAUCGUUCCACCAGCAGAACCUGCGACGCCUAAGAAAAAGAGAGCCCCUUCAUCUUCUCCAAGGAAAGCAGCAAUACCCAAGGCAAAAGGCGUCAAGGUCAGAACCGAAUAUACAUCCGACCCUUCUGCUGUAUUCAUCGAGCCCCUUGUCGCCGAUGCUUCAAGUGAUAGCAUGGUGGGAUUUACUCGCAAUGGAUCAGGCCAAUUAGCAUAUCAUGGAGAACCAAAUGAAGGGGAUUCAAAGAUAAAGUGGUGGCUCAAUCCUCGGAUCAAUCCCUACACUGGCAAAUACAUGAUGGUGCCACCAGCGUUGACGCAAAAGAAAUGGCGUGCAUAUUGCGCUUUCCGAAAGUUGGACACUUCUGGAAAGGCUGCGGAGAUGCAAGAACGACUUAGAGAUUAUAUCAAGGCCAAAGAAGCUCAGGUGUAUUCAGAGUCUUCUAGUUCAUCUGAAGGCUUUGUAGUUCAUUUGGUUAUGGCACCCCAAGUCAGUACAUCUCAACGUGAGUGGCAACAACGUAAUGAGGCUGAAAAAACCAAAUUAUGGGAGGCAUUGCCAAUAGAACAAAGGCUCCAAGCUGAUAUUCUAGGUGUUCUUAAAGAGACUGUACUUGCUAAAAACCCUGUUCAGGAUGUCUGGAAUUUCAAAAUUUGCUUGAAAGUUCCAACCAAAAAAUGGUUGGAAGUAUCGGAAGCUCUGGAGUGCAGUGACAUUGGUUUUAUUUUCACAACUUAUCCGCAACUGCCAGACGGUCGCCCAGCUGAUACAAUAUAUCAGAGAGGUAUUAUAGAUGGGGUUCCUUGGCUAUCAGACGAAGCAUCUGACUUGAAGGAUCGUAAAUUUCUGGGAGGAACGUGGGCCGGCAGUGGAUUUGAGAAAGGAAUCAUUUUUGGAAGAACUCGAGCUUUGGUAAAGCAGAAAGUUGAAGAAAUGUGUGAACAGAUUGAAUAUGAAAUUUUUAAGGGUUAUGUCAAAAAGAUCAGAGACUCGGAGAGAGAAGGAAGAGAUAUCCCUCCACAACGACAUUCACCUGCUCUCUCAGAUGAUACCACCUCAUCACAGAGUGAAGAAGAUUGGACGGAAGAGGAAGAGGAAAUUGCUCAAGCCGCCUGGGAUUAUGAUGAAUCCAAAAAGAGGACACUCAAUCUCGACACAUAUACUUAUCGACUGGGAGAGCUUUGCUCUUUCAUGGUUAAAGAUCCUUUUGUCGACGACGGCCAAUACACAUAUUAUUCCGAUGGAGAAUUUGUGGAUAAUGCGCCAUAUACCUAG